AGUUAGACAAUGUUUAGACUUGCAUAGUAGUGUUGAGAAGCUGACCGCACCGCUUGGCGAUUGCCCUCGUUGCGCUCUCACACAUGCGGGGUUGGCAACCGCUCCAGAAGCUUCUAGAAGCCGCCGCGGAGCCAUCCACCCCGCACGCCGCCGCCCGCCUCCACGCCCACCUCCUCCGCUCCGGCCACCUUCACUCCUCCCACCACCUCACCGCCCGCGUCCUCGCGUCCUACCCUCCCGGCCUCGCUCGCCACCUGUUCGAUGAAAUCCCGGACCCGACCCCGCGCCUUGGCAACGCGCUCCUCCGCGCCCGCGUCCGGGCGCGCCAGUGGCGCGACGUGCUGUUGCUCUUCCCGCACCUCCGCGUGCGCCCGGACGCCUUCACGCUGUCCGUCCUGCUCAAGUCCUGCGCCAUGCUCCCCUCCAUCGCCCACGGCCGCGCCGUGCACGCUCUCGCCGUCCGGUCCUGUGCUGCGUACGCCGAUGCCUUCGUGGCUGCUGCGCUCGUGCAGAUGUACGCGAAAUGCGGUGACAUGGUUGCCUCUGUCAACGCAUACAAUGCGUUCGAGAAGCCGGACAUGGUCCUCCGGACUUCCGUGGUGACCGGGUACGAGCAGAACGGGAUGGCGCAGGAGGCACUGGAGUUCUUUUCAAGGGAUGUGGUUGGCCAGGACGUAUUGCCAAGUCCAGUCACUCUUGUGAGCGUAAUAUCGGCAGCAGCGCAGCUGAGGGAUGUCCGAAAUGGGCAGGCCUGCCAUGCCUUUGUUCUUAGGAAUGACUUUGAGUAUGACUUGGCUUUGGUGAAUGCAAUUCUUGGGUUUUACAUGAGGACUGGAGCACCACAAGAUGCAAGGAGGUUGUUCGAUGGAAUGACGGAGAGAGACGUUGUCACAUGGAGCUGUAUGGUUACAGGAUAUGUGCAAUCGGGAGACGCCUGUGAAGCAUUGAGUGUAUAUAAGAAAAUGGUUCAGGCAGGAAUUAAGCCAAAUUCUGUGACUGUGGUGAGUGUUGCGCAGGCUUGUUCUUUUGCUCUGGAUGUUGAGGAAGGUAAGAGGGUGCAUGACAUUGCUGUGAAGAUAGGGUGCGAACUUGAGAUGACAGUUGCAACUGCGCUGGUUGAUAUGUACAUGAAGUGCUCGUGCCAUGAGAAGGCAAUGCAGUUAUUUUGCCGGAUGCCAAAGAAAGAUGCAGUAGUUUGGGCGGCGGUCAUUAGUGGUCUUACCCAAAAUGGUCUCCCUGAUGAGUCGAUGCGAACGUUCAAGUGCAUGCUGUUGGAUGGUCCUGUCCCUGACGCUGUCACUAUGGUGAAGGUACUAGCUGCAUGCUCGGAGUCUGGUGUUUUGCGUCAAGCCUUUUGUCUUCAUGGUUAUUUGGUUAACACUGGUUUCAGUGAUAAGAUAUUUGUGACAGCUGCACUUGUGGAUUUGUAUUCAAAAUGUGGGAACUUGGGUAGCGCUGUCAAGGUGUUUGAAAGUGCCACUGAAAAGGAUGUUGUGACAUGGAGCUCAAUGAUUGCAGGUUAUGGAGUCCAUGGCCUUGGGCAGCAUGCUGUUGCCUUGUAUCAAAGGAUGGUUGCCUCAUCAGUAAGACCUAAUAGCCAGACAUUUGUAUCUCUGUUAUCGGCUUGCAGCCACUCUGGACUUGUGCAGGCAGGAAAGUCCAUUUUUAAAAGCAUGACUCAGGUUUAUGGAAUUACGCCAAAUAUAGAGCAUCGUAGUGCCAUGGUUGAUCUCCUUGGCCGUGCCGGUGAAUUUCAUGAGGCUUCAGAGCUCCUUUAUGAAAUCGGUGGGACAGCUGAUGCUCAUACUUGGUGUGCCUUGCUUGCUGCCUGCAGAACACACCGUGCCACAGAUAUGAGUGAAGUGGUAUCUGCCAAACUGCUCAAGCUGGAUCCUGACCAUGUUGGCUACUAUAAUCUCUUGACCAAUAUAUAUGCAUAUGAUGAAAAGUGGGACAGUGUCAAAGAGACUAGAGGCAUUAUCAGAGACAAAGGUUUGAAAAAAGUGCCAGGUAUUAGUGCAGUAGAGGUGAAUAAUGUAAUGCACACAUUCACAGCUGGGGAGAGGUCACACCAAGAUUGGAAGAAGAUUUCUACAUUGCUCUGGGAGUUGUCACCAAAGUUGAGAGGCGAUGAUUGUUUCUUUCAGUUGGACACUCGUAUGGUAUUUUCAGAUUUGUGAUCUUCUCUGAAUUGAAAAUACUGUCUUUACCCGCAAAAAAGAAAAAGAAAACACUGUCUUCGAAUGCCUUUCACUUGCUGGUGGGUUUCUAGAAGAGUGUGACGAACAGACAACAUAUGUUAGGUCUGCUCAUGACUCAUGGAUCAUGAUAUGUGGGCAGUUAGUGAUCUCUUAGGUCCCACUGACUGUUUGAUUGUUCUCUGGACAUAAUGAGUUGCAUGCCUAGCAACUCCAAUGCUUUUCCAGAGUAAAUGCAUCUAUAGUCUGCAGGUUGUACACCCAUUUAACCGAUUUAAACAAUUGUUUCCAAUAGGAAGUUGAUUGAUCUGUUUUUUUUUUU